UGGGUGGUGGAACUCCCAUCAACACUCAAGGAACGCAGCAGAACUCCCGGCGGGAGCAGUACGACGUCACAGGAAAUGCGCAUAAUUCUUGAGAGGCUGGAAGUCUGUGCCGAUAUGGUCCCGGCGGGAGGCCCGAGCCUUGAGAACGCGCCCCCGGGAGAGAGGGAAAAAAGCUCAUUGCCGAUCGGAACGGAAAGACGACAGAACCGAUGAAUUGGAUGAUUUCCUUCUUCCCCUGCUCUUCCUCAUGAUCAGUCCACGUUUUCUUGUAUACUUGCGUUCGCGACCGAAUGGAAUAUAAGCUCUACAUUUCUCUCGCUUUUUGAUCAUUCUUCUCGUCGGUGCAGAGCAGAAGAGGCUCUAUUUUCCUCUGUCCGUGUUGUGUUGUGUUGUGCACGGGCUUGCCUGUCAAAGCGCCAAUUUCUGGAAUUUGCAGAUCGAUUUGUCCUUCUUUGGCAUCAUGGCGGAGGCAGGUCAGAACUUCGCCGACAGUUCAACUUUGAAGUCUGCUGCGUUGAUGGAUAUGAUGAAAGGUCACUUGACGACUGAUGAAGGAAAGAAGUUGAAGGAGAAAGUUGGACUUGUGUAUCAGAUCAACGUUGCUCCCAAGAAAAUUGGAUUUCAGGAGGAAAUGUUUGUGGUGGACUUAAAAAACUUGAAGGUCUACAAGGGACCUUGUGACGGGAAGCCAGACGCUACUUUCUCAUUCGUUGACGGAGACUUUCUGUCAGUUGCCUCAGGGAAACUGAACCCGCAAAUGGCUUUUAUCAGGGGUAAAAUGAAAAUCAAGGGGAGCAUGGGUGCUGCCCAGAAGUUUACGCCAGAUAUUUUCCCCAAACCUGCAAAGCUUUAAGAAAGAAGAGUAUGCAUUUUUACUUUAUCUACAUAUCGAAGCUCGCAAACUAUCGCACAGGAAGCAUAUAUAUACAUGUAUAUGCCUUACGAUGGAGAGUUCACCUUCUUUGGUCAGAGGCAAAUGACAGAAGAACUGUUGAUCAUUCUUGUAAAUUCUUGCUAUAUAUUAAAUUAUGCGACUCAUUUGCUUUAGACAUUCAGCAUAUGAGUCGCUUUUCUCGGUUGGUUCUGCUUAGCGAGUGUGUGAAUUCCAGACAGCGGUUACGGAGGUGGAAUGUGAGAGUUGGUCAUGAACAAACACUUCGACUCACGUGUCCUUCGGUCUUCGGUAUCGGUAGGAGCGGUAGAAUGUACGCGAGGAACAUAAUCUCCCUAAGGAAA